UGUAUUGUUGCAGUAUAAAGUCCUCGGGUUCUAGUGAAGUUCUGUUGUAAUAAUGUUGAGAUGACAGAUCAGCAGUUAUUUUAAUGAGAUAAUAUUGCAGUGAAGCACUGAUGGUCAUAACUGUUCUCUCCAGAGGUUCUGCAGAUCUGGAGGUCCACUGCCGUGCAGUAAUAGUUGUACUGUAGUAACAAUGUCCUGAUGUUGUAGCUUGUUGUCGUACUGUUGAAAUGAUGUUGAAGUGGUUUGACUCAGCAGUCAUGUUGCAUCGAGUAGUCGUAGUAAUAUUCCUGUCUGCAGAUACCGGACUGCAGGACUGGACCUUGUGGGUCAGCUCGACCAUUAUCAAAUUGUCAGUAUAGGAUUAAUUCAGUGUUAUUAUUCACCUCCAUGUGACUUAAUGCAGACACUCUGAGUGUCAGUGUCAGAUAGAAGGACCUCUAGUGGUGUUCAGGAGCCACUUCAGAACCAGUCAGUUCAUCAGCAUGACAUCAAACUGCAGCUGACAGAAUCAAACUGUUUGACUCUCAGUCGUCUUCAGAUAGUAAAACUCUUUGGUCCAAUGAUGUUUUAAAGUAGCCCAAUAACUCUAUGAUUAAAAGUCUUGUUUGAAAGGUGAUCUCACCAUGUCUUACAUAAUCAAUCACUCUGAUUAUCUGCUGUGACGUCAUCUUCUCUCCUCACCUGGUGGAGAGUUAAACUGUGAGGCUGAAGCUCCACAAGUAGAAAUAUCAUGCAGUUUAAAGAGAAGGAUGAUAAACUCCAAAGAGGAGGAGGAGCAGGAGGAGGAGCAGUGUGGCACUUUAGUGGUCACAGUGCUGUUUUCAGACGGCGGUCCUGUUUCUCGUCUCCACGUCCUCUGACAGGCUUUUAUUGUUCAGCGGGUGUGAAACAGGAGGACGGUUCAGGGUUUCUUCUCCUCCAGGAUGAAAACUCUUCUGGUGUUUUUGUGGAGAUUCUGAUCGAUAAGUUUCUUUAGUUUUGUUUUUCCCUGUCAGAUUCAGAAGCUGCUGAAGUGACGGCUGAAGGGAGUGUCAACAUGAGCCGAACCAGGACCUCGUCACCGUUCUCCACCUGUCAGCUGCUGUUCUUGUUGACCAUCAUCACAGUUGAACUCCCAUAUUCUGCAGCAGGAGGCUCCACUCUGACCAACAACACACUCAGUAACCGCACAACAUGUGGAGGGAAUACCAAAUGCAUCGAAGGUGUCAUCCUGCCGGUAUGGAAGCCAACUAACCCAGCCUUCACUGACCGCCUCGCCAGAGCCACAGUUUAUUUUGUGGGGUUGGCGUACAUGUUCUUGGGCGUCUCAAUCAUCGCUGACCGCUUCAUGGCGUCCAUCGAGGUCAUUACCUCCCAGGAGAGACAAAUCACCAUCAAGAAACCAAACGGUGAGAAGGUCACCACGACGGUGCGCAUCUGGAACGAGACGGUGUCCAACCUGACCCUGAUGGCGCUGGGUUCCUCCGCCCCAGAAAUUCUCCUCUCAGUCGUGGAGGUUUGCGGUCACAACUUUAAUGCUGGCGAGCUGGGCCCCAACACCAUCGUAGGAAGUGCCGCCUUUAACAUGUUUGUCAUCAUUGGCUUGUGUGUAUCCGUCAUUCCCGAAGGCGAGACCAGAAAGGUGAAGCACCUCAGGGUGUUCUUCGUCACCGCCACCUGGAGCAUAUUUGCAUAUACCUGGCUUUACCUGAUCCUCGCCGUCUUGUCUCCAGGCGUUGUUGAGAUAUGGGAGGGGCUGCUCACACUCUUCUUCUUCCCCAUUUGUGUUGGACUAGCUUAUGUUGCCGACCGCAGACUUCUCUUCUACAAAUACAUGUAUAAACGAUACAGAGCAGGGAAGCAGAAAGGAAUGAUCAUCGAAACAGAGGGAGAACCAGAGCUUCCCUCCAAGGUUGACAUUGAAAUGGAUGGGAAAGUCCUCAACUCUCAUGUGGAAGAGGUGGGAUUCGAUCUUAACGAGCUGGACGAGGAGGAGGCCCGCAGAGAGGUGGCCAGGAUCCUGAAGGAGCUCAAACAGAAACAUCCUGAGAAGGAGAUGGAGCAAUUGAUGGAGCUUGCCAAUUACCAAGUUUUGACUCAGCAACAGAAGAGUAGGGCUUUCUACCGCUGUCAGGCAACCAGGAUCAUGACAGGAGCCGGCAAUGUCCUGAAGAAACAUGCUGCUGACCAAGCCAAGAGAGCCAUCCAGCACGAUAUCUGCUCCGAGGUCUCAGUGAACGAUUUCACUUCCAAGGUUUUCUUCGACCCUGGUAGCUACCAGUGUCUGGAGAACUGCGGCAGUGUAGCACUGAACGUGGUGCGUCGUGGUGGAGACCUGACGAGCACAGUCUCAGUGGAUUACCGGACUGAAGACGGCACAGCGAACGCCGGCUCAGACUACCAGUUCACUGAAGGAACUGUUGUGUUCAAACCAGGCGAGACUGAGAAGGAAAUCCGCGUUGACAUUAUUGAUGAUGAUAUCUUUGAGGAAGACGAGCAUUUCCUGGUUCACCUCAGCAAUGUGAUGGUCAUAUCUGAGGGCUCGGAUGAGUAUGAGGGAAACCACAUGGACGCCCUCGCAGGUUUGGGUCUGCCGUGCACAGCCACAGUCACCAUCUUUGAUGACGACCACGCAGGGAUCUUUACAUUCGAGGAGCCAGUGGUGACUGUGAGCGAGAGCGUCGGGGUGAUGGAGGUGAAGGUGAUCCGGUCCUCAGGGGCUCGCGGUGUUGUGGUGGUGCCAUAUAAAACCAUGGAAGGGACGGCUAAAGGAGGCGGUGAGGACUUUGAGGACACACAUGGAGUCCUGGAGUUUGAGAACGAUGAGAUCUUCAAAAACAUUCAGAUCAAUAUAAUCGAUGAUGAAGAAUAUGAGAAAAACAAGAACUUCUUCCUAGAGAUCGGAGAGCCUCGGCUGCUGGAGAUGAGUGAGAGGAAAGCUGUGUUGCUUCAGGAAGUCGGUGGAUUCGUCAAAACAGACAAGCGGCUGAAUGGUAGAGACAUCUACAGGAAGGUCCAGGGACGAGACCACCCGCUGCCCUCCAGCGUCAUCAACAUCACAGAGGAGGAGGAUGAGGAUGUUUUGACGAAGAAGGAGAAGGAGGAGAGGAGGAUUGCAGAGAUGGGCAGACCGACGCUGGGCGAACAUGUCAAACUGGAAGUGGUCAUCGAGGAGUCGUACGAGUUCAAGAGCACUGUGGAUAAACUCCUGAAGAAAACCAACCUGGCCCUGGUGAUCGGGACCAACACCUGGAGGGAGCAGUUUGUUGAAGCCAUCACAGUCAGCUCUGGUGAUGACGAUGAUGAUGAAUGUGGCGAGGAGAAGCUGCCCUCCUGUUUUGACUACGUCAUGCACUUCCUCACUGUCUUCUGGAAGCUUCUGUUCGCCUUCGUCCCUCCCACCGACUACUGGAACGGUUGGGCCUGCUUCGUUGUCUCUAUCUCAGUCAUUGGCAUGCUGACGGCGAUAAUCGGCGACCUGGCAUCACAUUUCGGCUGCACCGUCGGACUCAAAGACUCCGUCACCGCAGUGGUUUUCGUGGCUUUGGGCACAUCUGUGCCAGACACCUUUGCCAGUAAGGUGGCUGCCAUCCAGGACCAAUACGCUGACGCCUCCAUCGGCAAUGUGACAGGAAGUAAUGCUGUGAACGUCUUCCUUGGUAUUGGCGUGGCCUGGUCCAUCGCUGCCAUCUACCACUACUCUAAGGGCCAGGAGUUCAGGGUCGACCCGGGAACGCUGGCCUUCUCCGUCACACUCUUCACCAUCUUUGCCUUCAUCUGUGUAGCCGUCCUUAUCUACCGCCGCCGGCCCGAGAUUGGUGGGGAACUCGGCGGACCUAGAGUCCCAAAGAUCCUCACGACCUGCCUGUUCUUCAGCCUGUGGCUGAUGUACAUUGUGUUCUCCUCACUGGAGGCCUACUGCCACAUACAGGCCUUCUAAAGGUUCUGCUUGUGACAGAUCCUGAAAGGUUCUGACAGGUUCUUGAUGAACAAUUCUUGUGGAUUUCUUAUGGUUCCAAUAGAUUCCUGCAUAUUCUGACAGGUUCCAAUAAUUUCUGUUUGGUAGAUGUUUGGAGCUUGUCACAAGUUUCUGACAUUUGACAGACUCCUAAAGUUUCUAAAGCACAUUUAACUGUUCUGACAGGUUCUGACAUUUGAUUGAACUUCUAAUAGUUCCAGUAGGUUUUUAGAUGAUCGUGCAGAUAAAUAAAUCUUCUGCUGAACAUUUUAUAGUUUGUUGAGGUUCUUUAACAGUCCAACAGGUUCUAAACAUCUUUGAUGGGUUUCUUAAGAUCCAAAAGGUUCCUGAAGGAUCUGACGGCUUCUUGGCAGCAAUGAUGCAUUCCUAGAAGUUCCAGUUUGUUUCUGCAUAAUGUGACAUGUUUAUAUCAUUUUUCUAAGCGUUUGGAAAAACUUCUAAUGGUUUAUCUAAACAUGUAGAUAAAUGUCUACAGGCAGAACCUUCAUCAGCACCUCCGUAGGUCCUGCAUUAUGUGCCAGGUUCUGAUGACUUUCUAAGGGUUUGGAUAAACUUCCAGUGGUUCUGCUGCGUUUUGACAUGUACAUAUCUCUCUUGUCAUUUAUCUCAAGAUUGUUCUUUAAUGUUCUUCCGAGGUUUAAUAAGCUCAUAAACAUGUGUGGCGUUUGGAUAAACUUCCGGGUCUGCUAACUUGUUAAAGGUUCCUAAAUGAUCAGACAGGAUCGUCUUCCUGUUGAACGGCUUUCUGAUUCUUCUUCUGGUGGAUCAACACGUUCCAACAGUUGUCUGAGUUUUCGGAAGUCUUGGAUGAACUCUGAAGAACUGAUGAUCAGACAAUUUUUCGGAACCUUUUUGAAGAAUCUCUAAAUAAUCUGUAUGGUCCCUUUAGGGUUUUGUUUUUUUAAACAUCCAUCACAUUCAAAAGAAUUUUGAUGAGUUGCUCAAGUUCGCAGAGGUUCCUGAUGGAGUCUACAGGUUCUUGAGAGUCCUAAGGGAUUGUAAAGGUUACCAUGGAACCCUCAAGACUCCUGAAACUUGUUUUGAAUCACUCUGGUGUCCAGAUUUGACCUCUGGUGAUGUCAGACUUUGAACUGUCUUCAUCCUCACAUACCUCCUGAACAUUCAACCACAUCAUAACUCCUUCAUCUGUACAUUUAACUAAUGUUUAACAUUUAUCAUUUUCAUUCUGUUGAACAAGGACUUUGAACCACAACCACAGCAGUGACGAUGGUUCCUCCUGCAGGACUUUAGAUGUUCAAUGUGACUGGAGCAGUGGUGUUGCACCUACAUGAUUAUCUGCACUGAGUUUGAAAUUAUUAUUUUUGUGUGUGGAAGGAUCUUAAAGACCGUCAGAGGUUCUGAUCAUUUAUAACAGUGUCUGUUUGUGUGUGAGUGCAUACGUAACCUCAAAGAAGCCUCAGUAGAAGAGACGUCAUGAUGAUCUGUCAUAUGAUUGGUUGCUCGGCAACAGCAGCUGACGGAUGCCUAUUGGCUGAUGUAAACAUGAGAGCUGUUGAGAACAGAAUGAUGUGUUUUUCCUUCAAAUAUUAAACUACAGCGAGUGA